UGUACCGUAUAUAUAAAAGUUUGAAGUAACGGGUAUGAUAUAACAAAAUACUUAAGGACAAACACAUUUUGUCUUAUCAUUUUUUUAUUUCUAAAAUGGCGUAUCGAAUUAUAGGAAAAGCAAAUCAAGCAGAUAUUUUAUUGCGACCUCUAACAAGAAAUUUUUUAUGUAAACUGCUGAGACAGGGAUCCCAUAAACCUUCUUUGAUAACAAGUCACACCACAGCUGGCAGUUUACUUAGACAAUUAUCUGCACUUGAUAUUCAAGCAAGACACUUUUCUGAAAAACCACCAAAAUCAGAUCCCACCCAACAACCAAAAGAUGCUAAGCAAGCAAAGACUCCACCACAGGAAGAAUCAGGGUGGAAAAUUAAAUUUAAAAUUGGAGAUUAUGAGUACAAUAGUUCUGGUGGAGGAGGCAGCAAGGGUAAAAAGCCUGGCCUGCCUGAUGAUAAACAAAUGCUUAUAUUUGGUACCAUUGGAGGAGCUCUGGUGCUCUACUCCAUUUUCUCCAAUCAAUAUAAAGAAAUAACUAUGAAAGAAUUCUUCCAAAAUUAUCUUUCUAGUGGAAUGGUUGAGCAAGUAGAAGUUGUGAACAAUAAAUGGGUUCGUGUCAAGUUUAUGCCUGGUACUCAAAUUGAUUCAUCACACACAAUAUGGUUCACCAUUGGCAGUGUAGAAACAUUUGAACGAAACUUAGAGAAAGCCCAGAUGGAUAUGAAUUUAGAGCCUUCUAAUUUUAUCACAGUUGUUUAUAAGAAAGAAAGAGAUUGGAGUAACAUUUUGUUAAAUGCUAUGAGUUGGGUUUUACCGAUCGCCGUAAUGAUUUGGUUUUUUCGAAGAGGGCCUUUGGGAAAAGCAGGAGGAGGCAGAAGUGGAUCAUCAGGGGGCAUGUUUGGAUUUUCACAAACAACUGCUAAAGUUUUAGAGAAAGAUAUUGGUGUUAAAUUCAGUGAUGUAGCUGGUUGUGAGGAAGCUAAGCUUGAAAUUAUGGAGUUUGUUAAUUUUUUGAAAAACCCACAGCAGUAUUUAGAUCUUGGGGCCAAAAUUCCUAAAGGUGCAAUGUUAACUGGACCACCAGGUACAGGUAAAACUCUCCUGGCAAAAGCUACAGCCGGGGAGGCCAAUGUUCCUUUUAUUACAGUAUCAGGUUCUGAAUUCUUGGAAAUGUUUGUUGGUGUUGGGCCCUCUAGGGUACGAGAUAUGUUUGCACUUGCUCGCAAAAAGGCUCCAUGUAUUUUGUUCAUUGAUGAGAUUGAUGCUGUUGGUAGGAAGAGGAGUGGGCGCAACUGGGGCGGCAACAGUGAGCAAGAAAAUACCUUAAAUCAGCUGCUAGUUGAGAUGGAUGGCUUCAACACACAGACCGGUGUAGUAGUCUUAGCAGCAACAAAUAGGGUUGACAUUCUAGAUCAGGCUUUACUACGUCCAGGCAGGUUUGACAGACAGAUCUAUGUGCCUUUACCUGACAUUAAAGGGAGAGCAUCUAUUUUUAAAGUCCAUCUAAGCAACCUUAAAACUGAAGUCCCUAUUCCUGAUCUAGCUAGAAAAAUGGCAGCUUUAACCCCUGGCUUCUCAGGUGCAGAUAUUGCUAACGUGUGUAACGAAGCAGCCCUUAUAGCUGCCAGAGAUCUGAACACUUCUAUUCUAAUUCAACAUUUCGAGCAAGCUAUUGAGAGAGUUGUUGCAGGUUUAGAGAAGAAAACUCAGGUGUUACAGCCAGAUGAGAAGAAAACUGUUGCCUACCAUGAGGCUGGACAUGCAGUAACUGGCUGGUUUCUGGAACAUGCUGAUCCUUUGCUGAAAGUUUCCAUAAUUCCAAGAGGUAAAGGUUUAGGGUAUGCUCAGUACUUACCAAAAGAACAAUAUUUAUACACGGAAGAACAGCUUCUAGACCGCAUGUGUAUGAUGCUAGGUGGUAGGGUUUCCGAACAGGUUUUUUUCAAUAAAGUGACAACAGGAGCUCAAGAUGAUUUGAGGAAAGUAACACAGACAGCAUACUCACAGGUGGUUAUGUUUGGGAUGAAUGAGAAAGUUGGCAACUUGUCCUUCGACAUGAACCAACAAGGGGAGAUGUCCUUUACCAAACCAUACAGUGAGGCCACAGCACAGCUCAUUGAUGAAGAGGUCAGGCAGAUAGUCAACAAUGCCUAUCAGAGGACAUUGGAGCUAUUGAAAAAACAUAAAGACGAUGUGGAAAAGGUUGCUCUUCGUUUAUUGGAGAAAGAAAAACUUGACAAAGAAGAUAUGGUUGAACUUUUAGGCAAGAGGCCUUUUGCUGAGAAGUCAACGUAUGAGGAGUUUGUUGCUGGCACAGGUUCAUUUGAGGAAGACACCACAUUGCCAAAGGGCCUAGAAAACUGGAAUAAAGAAAAGGAAAAAAAAGUAGCUGAUCCUUUAGAAUCUUAGUGUGUGUAAAUGGGAGUUUUUUGUGUUUGCCUUAUUUAUGCUGGAAAAUGUGUAUACUAUUUGUGUUUAAUAUAGAAAUUUUGAGUUCAGAAUCAAAGCUGGAAUAUUAUUUCUUUAAAAUUAGUUACACAACUUUUGUUCUAUCAUGUCUCUAGUGAAAGGAAGGAGGAUCUUUAACUUUAGAAAAUUUCAAUACAUCAAAAAAUGUAUUUCUAGAAAAAAAAUUCAUCCAUUUUUUUUGUCAACUAUUUUCUUAGUUUAAUCAACACCCUAGUAUGUAUUAAAUUGAAAUAUUUCCUAACUAAACAUUUAAUAAUUAAUGUAUAUGUAUAGCAUUAAAUAAUCCUAGAUUUUUGACAUAGCCAUACUUGAUGAAAAAUAGUCUUUCUGAUGAAUGUGUUGGACCAUUUCAGUAAACAAUUUUUAAAAAAAAGUAAAGAGGAAAUGUUGUGUAAUUAAUUUUUUUAAAAACAGAUUAGAUGUUGUGUUUGUCAAAGAUUUAUACAUAUUAUUUUUGGUAUACAAACUUACCUUUAGUGAUAAUACAUUGGUGAGUCAUUUCAGCUCCUUCACACAACUAGGGUACUUUAGUGCUAGAUUAUCAUGAGCUCUGUCCAUACAACUGUCACAGUGUGUCUGAUAAAAGCUGUCAUCAUAGAUUGACCCCACAAAUUAACACACAACUUUUUGCAUAUUUUCUAUUUCUAUUUCCCUCUUCUGCCUACUGUUUCAUUAACUAAUUAAUUCAAUUAUUUUAUCAACAAAUAAGCAUUAGAAUUAGAUCCAAAGUUUUUAGUGAAUUCAAUGCCAAACUUCUUUACCAUAUGUGAUUUAUCUAUUGCAAAAUAAAUAUUGAGUUAAUUAUAGUGGUAAUAAUAUAUGGGAGAUUUGGUAAUCCAAUGCGCAAAGUGGCCUGACAAUACCAUAUGAUAGUGUUAUACUUGUGAUGGGACAUAGACAUCAUAAGUUAAUGGAGUUUCAGGUUAUAAAUAAAAGUAUAAGAUACUUGUCAAGUGCAGAGAAGGGGUUCAUCAUGAUGAGCUGAAUCCACACAACUGUAUUGUGUGUUGAGUUUUUUUUAAUAUAGUUAGCUCUGUUCACACAAUGUUUUUUUUUAGAUAUACCCUAUCCACACAAAUAUUGUUUUUGUUGUAAUAUCAUAAUCUCUAUUCAUACAUAACUGUAGUUUUUUUUUUUUGUUGAAAUAUUUUGAAGAGCUCUAUCUACACAUGUGUAAUGUUUUUGUUUUGUUAAGAUAUUAUCAGGAGCUCUAUUCACACAAGUGUUAAUUUUUUUUUCACAUAUUAUUAGCAUGACUCACACAAUGGCUACAUUAUUUUAAUCCUUGACGGCAUAGCCAACUGUUUAUGUUAAAGUAACAAUCUUAUGAUUGUUUAACUAAAAUUAUAGGCCAUAUUAAUAUUGUAAGAUUGAUGUGGAUGCUUGAGUUAGUUAUAAUGUAUAAGGUUUAUUUUAGACUUUUUGUAUGUCAACUACAUUAGAUUUAUGUUAUGAUAACAUGGCAUACAAUUGCAUUGUUUACUAUAGCUGUCUUGUCAUUUGAUACAUGUCUUUCAAGUGAUUUGUAAAAGAAAUUCUUUUGGAGAAAUU